UUGCUUUGUCUAAUUUUAUCAAAAUCAGCGAUUUUGGCUUAGAUUUUGUAAGGCAUUCAGAGACCCAAUUUCGAUUCCGCGAAUUAUUUGGAGCUCUUCUACCAAACGGUAUGUGGAAUUUACAGGCGAUUUCUAAACAUGGGAAGUGGUAUCAGACUGUUAAAUCUCGUUCUUUAAAGCUUCCCUUUCCAUGGGGCUUUUAUCUGGACUUAAAGCUUGAUAAAGGAAGGAUCUUUGGAAUGUUAUCUCUCUCAAUCUUAGCAAGUGACUGGUACAACUGUCAGCUUAUUGAUUUCGAUUAAACAAAUCAAACGUGGGUCUGUGUGUGGCAAUAAACAAUGGUGUUAAUGGAGAGAGUAGAAAUACAAAAUCAAAGAAGCUAGGCAAAGAUCGAAGCUUUCUUUGAGAAUGAGAUUGUCCUUGAGAUUGUUGGUUGCCACUGUACUCGUGCUUACACAGCUUCUCCAUGGAGCUCUCUCUUGGGGGAAGGAUGGUCACUACACUGUCUGCAAAAUAGCCCAGGGAUACUUUGAGGAUGAUACUAUUGCUGCAGUGAAGAAACUUCUGCCUGAAUCUGCUGAUGGUGAUCUAGGUGAUUUUUGCUCAUGGCCUGAUGAAAUUAAAAAACUCUCGCAAUGGCAAUGGACUAGCGCUUUGCACUAUGUUAACACUCCUGAAGACAGAUGCAACUACGAAUAUUGUCGGGACUGCCAUGACACUCAUAAGCAUAAAGGCUGGUGCGUGACAGGAGCAAUCUUCAAUUACACAAACCAAUUAAAGUCUGCUUCUGAAAACUCACAGAAUUUAGUCCACUAAAACUUGACAGAGGCUCUCUUGUUCUUGUCACAUUAUAUGGGAGAUGUUCAUCAGCCCUUGCAUACUGGUUUUCUUGGAGAUCUAGGUGGUAACACAAUAAUAGUCAGCUGGUACCAUAACGAAACAAAUUUGCACCAUGUCUGGGAUAACAUGAUAAUUGACUCUGCUCUAGAAACAUACUACAAUUCAAGCCUUCCACGCAUGAUUCAAGCCCUUCAAGCCAAACUCAAGAACGGCUGGUCAAAUGAUGUUCCGUUGUGGAAGUCAUGUCACUUUCACCAAAAGGCCUGUCCAAAUCGGUAUGCUUCUGAAAGCAUUGAUCUCGCCUGCAAGUAUGCUUACAGGAACACUACUCCAGGGACUACUUUAGGAGAUGAGUAUUUCCUUUCUCGGUUACCCGUUGUAGAGAAGAGACUUGCACAAGGUGGGAUUCGCUUGGCAGCGACUCUUAACCGUAUCUUUUCUGCAAAACCGAAGCUCGCUGGAUUAUGAAAGUAAGAAAAAGAUCUUAGAGAAUCCACUUGGAUCAUCCAAGAACAACUCUUUUAAGUGUUUUUUAAACACUGUGAAUGGUUGAGUGAACCUCCAAAAGACUCUCUCAUUCUUCUUUUCCAUAUAUCUCAGCAUUAAACAUUUACCAAACAAUAACAAAGCACACUAGCUAAUGGAUAUAACAAUAUAUCUCUUACGUAAAAAUUAAAGAAAUAGAGUCAACGAUUGGUCAA